GUCAAAGAGAACAGACGUAGACAUUUUUAAAUAAUGGUGUUGAUUCAUUAUCAUACGCAACGAUGCAAUCCCACAUUACGAGUAGUCAGAUGUUGGAAAAAACCAUUUUUUGCAACUGUUUUCUCGACGUUCCUGAUGUCGGCCGGUUUUCUGUUCAAUUCGGACAAUCGUCGGCUUCGUGCAGACGAUCAAUUGAAUUUUGAUGGAUUCAACAACGAGACGGGCGCCAAUAGUUUGAUCGUGCCCAAUAUUAUUCAUUUUAUCAGGUUCAAUUUGACAGAAUAUUCCUUCGUCGACUAUCUUUGUUUGCGAGCAGCUUUUCUACGUCAACGACCCGACUUCGUUUACAUCCACACUGAUGUCCCUGUACCAGGCAGUGGUGGUUUUCGAGGCAACUACUGGAACAUGAUUAAAAAGGAUAAGAAACUCAUGUCCAGCAUUCGUUUCUUGCCCAUUCAAUUGGCAACUGAGAUAUUUGGCCAGCCGUUAAGUAAAGAUUGGCGAAUUUACCACGGGUCAGAUUUAGCACGUAUUCGUACGAUGAUGAAGUACGGUGGAAUUUAUCUGGAUAACGAUGUCCUCGUCCUCCAAAAUCUCGACAAAUACAGGCGAUUUGAAAUUGCCAUGAACUGGGACGAAGGAGACAGCCUCGGCAGUCAGGUCAUCAUAGCUCACAAGAACGCACGAUUUUUGAAUCGAUGGUUAGAUUCUUAUCAUGAUUAUCGUCCCGAUAUUUGGUAUUACAAUGCAGGUGAUCUACCUGUUAGGGGGAUACUCAAUUCUCAUCCAGAAUUUUUGCAUCGUGUCAAAGGCGAAUUUGGAGCCGAUUCUAAAAAAUCACUGAAACAUUUCACAGAAGAAGGAUACGAAGGUUGGCGGAAAAACGAUGCCAUUCAUCUUUUAGUGAAUCAUCUCUAUUCCGUAAAACCAGAGGAUUUCAAGCCGUUGGUUUUCGACGAAGAAAUGAUUCAAACUUACAAGUUUCCCUUUGGACAAAUGGCCCGUGAGGUUCUGGCAGCUUUAAAUGAGACUGACUCUAGCUAAUUUAUGAAUUUAUUGU